AGUAUCAUCGUCAUCAUCGUGAGGUUGUUGACAAGUUAUGGGUGUCAGGUCAAUGGUCUCAGAGGCCGUGCGUGGUCCCAUGGCCUAACCAGCCCCUCGAACACUGAAGAAGACUAAUAACCACACACCACCGACCCUGCUGACCUACCUGACAGCCUCCCGCACCACGCCCUGAACCACGGCUCGCAACAGAGAUGGAGAUGCUACGAGUGGGUGCCGUUAGACUCCAGGAGAGCAUCAAUGACUGGUGUGAGGAUAUGCCAGCGUGGGAGAUAGUCUUGAGAACGGCAGCCGCCACGGUCCUCUUCGUGUGGUUGAAAAACUUCCUCUUUAAAGAUGAGAGCCUGUACGAGCGGGGGAAGAAGGCGGUGUUCCGAGUGGCGAGAAAGCUUCCCCACGUCAAGAAUAUGAUUGAGAAGGAAAUAACGAAGAUGUCAGAUGGUAUGAGCGAUGACCUCAACAAGGCCAUAGACAACACGCCCUACCUAGUGAAGCUACCAGAGAAGGGAUGGAGCACAGAAAAGAUUAUUGAAGAGGCUACGCGCUACACUGAGUUUGGAACCUUCAAGUGGGAGAGUGGGUGUGCGUCGGGCACUGUGUACAAUGGCAGCAAGGACUUGACGGAUGUGAUGACAAAAGUAUAUGGGCUGUCAGCGUGGACGAAUCCCCUCCACCCAGACGUCUUCCCUGGGGUGCGGAAGAUGGAGGCUGAGGUGGUCCGCAUGUGCUGCACUCUCUUUAAUGGCGACAAAGACUCCUGCGGUUGUAUGACAACAGGAGGAACGGAAAGCAUUGUGAUGGCAGUGAAGGCAUACAGAGAUUAUGCCAUUAAUGUGCGUGGCAUCAAAAAACCUGAGAUUCUAGUGCCAGUUUCGGCCCAUGCUGCUUUUGACAAGGCUUCGUACUUGUUGGCCAUGCGCAUCAGACAUGUUCCCCUUGAUGAGAAGACAAUGAAAGUUAACGUACAAGCAAUGAGGAAAAUGAUCAACAAAAGAACGUGCAUGCUGGUAGUGUCAGCGCCCCAGUUCCCUCAUGGUGUUAUAGACCCUGUGGAGGAGGUGGCUGCCCUGGGGGAGGAGUACAGUAUUCCAGUCCAUGUUGAUGCCUGUCUUGGAGGCUUCCUCAUCCCCUUCAUGGAGGAGGCUGGCUACCCACUCCCUCCCUUUGACUUCCGUGUGAAGGGUGUUACCAGCAUAUCAGCUGAUACCCACAAGUAUGGCUAUGCCCCCAAAGGCUCCUCAGUGAUCAUGUAUCGUAACAGCAGCUGGCGCCACCACCAGUUCUUCGUGACCCCAGACUGGCCCGGCGGCAUCUAUGCCACGGCAACCAUCGGAGGAUCCAGGUCAGGAGGAAUUGUGGCUGCGUGUUGGGCCGCACUCAUGUAUCACGGUCUGCAAGGCUACAUUGACUACACCUCCAAAAUUAUACAGACAGCAAAGAAAAUAGAGGAAGGGUGUCGUCAAAUUCCUGGGAUCUUUGUAUUUGGCAAACCAGAUGUGUCCGUGGUUGCCCUCGGUUCCAAUGAGUUCAACAUCUACAUCGUCUCAGACCGUAUGACCAAGAGGGGAUGGAACCUCAACGCUCUACAGUUUCCAUCAAGCAUCCACCUGGCCGUGACGGUGCUCCACACUCAGUCGGGUGUAGCUGAUAAGUUCAUCUCAGACGUGAGGGAAAUCAGCGAAGAUAUCCUCAAGAACCCGCCAGAAGAUGUCGGUGGAAGUGCGGCGUUGUACGGGAUGGCACAGAGCAUCCCUGACCGCAGCCUGGUGGGCGAGCUGGCGUGGUGCUAUCUGGAUGCCGUGUACUCCACCAAGCAGUCCACAACAGCCAAGUAGUAUCCCGCAGACAACUCCACUGCCCUUCAUCCCUCUAAAGUACAUUCAUUCCUUUGUGGAUGAUUUUGAGCCUUUUAGGAGGUGGCUCAGCUGUGAUGUUACCGUACGGCCAGUAAUGUUACUUACUAAAUACUUUUGAGGGGGAGUUAUCUUUGCAGUUAUUUUUGAGGUCUUGUGAAGUAUGUCCUUGUGGCCUUAAUCAGUAUCAACAUGUUUGAUAGCCAUUUUGAUUCUACCUAUUUUCUUUGUUUGAGUGACAUGUUGUUUGUGUUUUUCUGGAAGAAUGAAAACAGGUUUGAAUGUUCCAAAUAUUCAGGCUCACCGUAAGUGCAUGGCAGGAAGCUGGAACUUUUUUAUUCUUUUUUUUACAUUUGGUCUUGAGUGCCAUCAGGCUUUCUUGAUGAGGCCUGGUAGUCAGCCCAAGCUUGUUAUGGCACAGGCAAGUGUUUUAUGAUGGUGCCAUCAUGCCUGGCUCAUUCUGCUCCCUGGAGUUCAUCUUUGAUCCUCUUUCGAGCAUUUAUCUAGUCUGGGUUGACAGGAGGUCAUUAGGACAGCAUGUGGGUAGUCUUAGUCCACUUGGUGAUGGCUGAAAAUUGUCAGCUUGUAGUGGCGGAUGGGACUUGAACCGGUGGAGGGCUGUAUUAGGAGUGAAAGUACAGUCCGCCCUUAACCACCAUAGGUGCAUUGUGCUGACUGUGGAUCAUGGUAGCAAAAUUCACAAUGGUGAAAUCCCAUUUUACACUCAAAAUGCCUUGCCGGCACCACCAAAACUUUUGAGCCUGCACUGGAUCUUCUGUGGCCAGUCACCAGUCCUGUAGGAAGCACCUUCUUGGGAACCUCAACCAAUUGCAGUUAUAAACCUAUCAGUUGAGUUGCUUGUAAAGUUAUGUGAUGAGCAUCACCUUCUGUGUGCCUCACCCUCACAGCUCUACAGCAAGGACUCCACACACCACAACAACAGCCCCUUGCCAGCCCCCCAGGUGCUGAGAGUAUAUCUUGCCUGUUGUUUAUCUUAAUUUUAGCUGUCUUAUUCUCCACAUCAAAAUACUUUGAGUAUCUUGCUCUAGAGCUGUGUAACCAUGAAAAUAGUAACCUUCCUCUACACAAUUAUUAGCCUGUCAUCACGCCAGGCAAAAGAAGGUGUCCAGCAAGGCCUCAGGGAGUGCUGGCCAGAGUGGUUAUUUUCUUGUCACCUGUGUUAUUAACAUCAUGAGUUCACCUUUACUAAAUGCAUGACUGAAGAUGGAUUCAUGCACUCAGACACUUUAACUGAUCAAAGCAAGGUUGUGGUAACUGUACAUGCUAUCUAUACAAUGAGGAGGUAAUCACUGGGGAGGCCUGGCUUUGUUUCCUCACCACUUCCCUGCCAACUCCAGCCACUGUUAACCAUCUCCACACUCAUCACUGCCCUUACCACUUUCUUAGGGAUUCAGUCAGGGAAAUGAAUGACCACUUUGUGAUUAAUAAAAGUAGAUUUUCAAGAAUAUGCAUGAGACAUAUUCAUCACAAGAAAUGAGUAUAGAAUAGUGAAGCACAAAGUUUUGCGGAUCUGUUUUGCAGCAAAUCCUUAAUAUAUUACAAUAUUGGCUUUUUACACAAAGAGCAGAAUCUGAUUGUCACUUCAUCUUGUAUGGUGUCAAAACUCUCACUGCAGGUCCGCCAGUCAGGAAUGUUUGGCUGUGGCUGCCAGUCAUCUCAUCCCUGCAAGUGUCACUGCCACAAAGUAAUCGCACUUGCCCUUAGCUUUCCCAGAGUAGCAGAAUAUCAGGAGACCAGCUAUGUGUUCGUGGUGCAGUGGUUAGCACACUCGGCUCACAACCGAGAGAGCCCAGGUUCGAUUCCCAGGCGGAGAGGAAAAAUUUGGGCGGCUUUUCCGAUACCCCACGCCCCUGUCCACCCAGUAGUGAAUGGGUACCAGGUAUUAAUCGGGGGUUGUGUCCUGUCUCCUAUAAUUCCUUCCCCUUCUGUCUCUCUCCGGCAUAUGACCACAGAUGUUGCGCCGACUAAACGAAACUCUCCAAACUACCAGCUUUGGUGCAAACCCUGAAAGGCCAAAUAUACUGUACCCUGCCAUCUGUAAUGCUUGAGAAUGGAGAUAAAGAGUGCUGAGCCAUGAGUAUUGCAGCAUGUCUGGAGGGGUUGUGUGCUACUCUUCAGAUUAAAAAUUUAUUACUAA